AUGAGCGAUGCCGAGUCGGACAAUGGGAGCAUUGUUCUCGUGGAAGACGACAUUUAUAAAGAGUCGGCCACUCCUGAGCCAGACACCUGUGCUGCAGACGCUGAGUUGGGAGAUGAUGAUGUUUCUGCGCCAGCGGCGUCUACAGCCUUCAUCACCGCAGCGACAUUCAGUGCGGAUGAUGACGACGCGAGCGAAGAAGACUAUGUGGAUGCUCCCGAUAUGGCUGUACCACUCGUCGCUGAAUCAGAAACCUGUGCGGCAGAUGCAGUCCAUGCGGUCGAAAAAGUAGCAGAAGUCAUCUCUGCGCCAACGGCGUCUGCUCCCUUCACCACCGAGGCAGCACUUUGUGCGUCCGACGUGGCGGAUUCAAUCGUCGUGAAAGAAGUCACACGAGCGUCUCCAGCUGUGUCUGUACCACUCGUCGCUGGUACAGAAGUAUGGGUGGCAGAUGCAGGUCAUACGGCCGCAGCGGCCGCUGAAAUCAUCCCUGUGCCAAUGGCGUACACACCCGCCAUCGCUGACCCAGAACUCUCUGCGUUUGACGCGGCUGACUCGAUCGCUAUGAAAAAAGACAACCUAGUUGCUCUAGAAGUGGCUGCAUCACCCAUCACGCUUGGGCGUCAAGACGUCUCAGGGCCUGUCGAUGCUGACCAGGGUAGUCCCCUUGCCCUUGUCAAACUUGUUGCCGCCAAGAGUGUAUUUUCGCAGGAUAUUCAGCACUGUGACCCCGGGAUGCAGCUCCCUAUGCAUGCCAAUAAUUCUGACCCCCUGGACAAGAGCCGCGAUGCUAAGGCCUGCUUUGAGCGCCAGGACAAGCCUGAGAAUCAUCACGAGGCGUCGGCUGAGAGUAAGAGGGCGACACACAUGAUGAACCAGUCGAGUCUAUUGGGCACCGCAGCAAUAACGCCACCACCCGUCGAAGCUUCUGAAGAGAGGGACGAGCUAUAUGAGAUGUUCGUUGACAAGGAUGAUAUUGCUAAUCACGACAAAGUCGAUGUUUGUGCCGAACAGAGGAUCAUCUCGGCCCAGAGUACCCAACCUCUCCAGGAAGGGAUGACCGUCCCCGCGGAAAGAGCACCGACGCCACCGGAGACCAGAACAGCUUGUGUAGCCUCUGAUGAUACUUCUGUGCAGCUCGGGAACAGCACGCCAUCUCUCUGCGACGAUGGGUGCAUUGCCGUACAGAGCGCUUUGCAGCUAGACGGACUCGAUGCCGGUAACAUUGUUGUGAGCGACAACCUGCCGCUAGUCCCUGCGUCAAGCACAACUGCAGAAGACAUGAGGAGCAACGAUAGACAAUCAACUUGGACUCCCUCCCAGCUUCCCACCGUCGUGGUGAGAAAACCCACGCCUCAAGAGUCCAGCCCAGCUGUCAUGAUCCUGGACGACAAUGAGCUGCUGCAACGCGCAUCGGACAAAGAGGUUAGACCGUCGCUUGCAGAGAGCGCGGAUUCCUUGUUUGGCGGUUCUUCGUCCCGCGAAGAUGGUACCCCGCUGCUGCGAGGUACCAGCACAGACAGCAUAACCUUUGACGACAUUUUGCCGCAUCAGACGAGCGAUGCAAGCGUAGACACAAGCAAUGCGACGAAGAAGCCGCUCGGUGUGAAACUCGGCGAGUUAACACGUACGCUGGUAGAGCUUGCGCCGCGCCGUCCGAGACAACUGUUGCGCAAGCAACUAUCAGACGCUCGUCUGGGAUAUCGCGGCGGAGACGAUUCGAGCAAGAGUGGCGCACGUGGGUGA